GAGCGAGUUGGGACGCGGGGAAGGAGGAGAACGGAGGAAUUACAGCUCGUUAGAACGAGCUCCGGUCUCCGAGCCUCCGCUUCGCCAGGGGGCGCUGCGGAUCCGUUCGGACUCCGGGGCGCCAGUCUCCCGAGCCGCCCACCUCCGAGCGAUGGGCUCGGAGGCCGCCCAGCUGCUGGAGGCCGCUCACUUCGCGGCGCACAAACACCGGCAGCAGCGGCGGAAAGAUCCCGAAGAGACUCCCUACAUCAAUCACCCCAUCGGUGUAGCCCGGAUCCUCACCCAUGAGGCAGGAAUCACUGACAUUGUGGUGUUACAGGCCGCCCUGCUCCACGACACCGUAGAAGACACAGACACCACCCUGGAUGAGGUAGAGCUGCACUUUGGAGCCCAGGUUCGGCGCUUGGUGGAGGAGGUAACAGAUGACAAAACUCUGCCCAAGCUGGAAAGAAAGCGGCUACAGGUCGAGCGGGCACCCCACAGCAGCCCAGGGGCCAAACUGGUGAAACUGGCGGACAAGCUGUACAAUCUGAGGGAUCUGAAUCGCCGCACCCCCAAAGGAUGGUCAGAGGACCGCGUCCAGGAAUACUUCGAGUGGGCAGCACAGGUGGUGAAGGGGCUUCAAGGAACGAACCAGCCACUGGAAGAGGCGCUGAAGCAGCUGUUCCAGGAGCGAGGGCUGACCCUUUGAUCGCGUUCUGGUGCAGUCUUGUGGCAUGGCUCCAGCGAGGCGCAGGCAAGAUGGGAUCCUGACUGCGGCGAUUCAGAGCCUCCUCAUCUCUCACAUUCCUUCACGCAGCCCAGACAUCACAGGCUAAACGCGCCUGCGUUUUCUCACUCAGCUGAGCCCCAAUAUGGAAAUCGGAUAUAUCCAUCCAUCCAUGCACCCAGAGCCUUUCCCCAAGUCUUGAGUCUCUCUGCGAUUUUUUAUGGUGGGACCUCUGGCCCCUCAGGGACUUAAGAUUGCAUAAGCAUUGGUGUGGCAAAUAAAGCACUUAGGGUAAAGGCUGAAA